ACUCUCCAUCUUUACUUAGUUUUGUUUUAAGCUUUAAAGCGUAGAGGUUAUGGACUGUGAAGACCAAGACACCAAGCCCAUUACCACCACCACCACUUCUAACGAGACUAAUAGCAGCAACAGUUCUUCCGCAACCGCCGGCGCCACCAGUUGCGGUGGUGAUAACGGCAGCAACGGGAAUAGUAGGAAGUGUAAGGGCAAAGGAGGGCCUGAUAACAGUAAGUUCAAGUACAGAGGUGUGAGACAGCGGAGUUGGGGGAAGUGGGUGGCGGAGAUCCGGGAGCCUCGCAAGCGCACGCGUAAAUGGCUCGGCACCUUCGCCACCGCUGAGGACGCUGCUCGAGCCUACGACCGUGCAGCCAUCAUUCUCUACGGCAGCAGAGCUCAGCUCAACCUCCAACCGUCCGUCUCCUCCGCCUCGUCCUCCAGCCGCGGAAGCUCGUCGUCGUCGAGCGGCACUCAAACCCUCCGCCCAUUGCUCCCUCGUCCAUCUGGGUUCGGCCUCACUUUCUCUUCUCCCUCUGCCACCCCGCAUACGGCGGGGGGAUACGUGCCGUACGGGUUCAGCCACGGUAUGGAUUCGUCCGUACUAUGUGGAAACGUGGUGCAGAGUCAACAGCAACUGGUGCAACAGCAGCAUCAGCUGCUAUAUCCACCGUCUGAUAUGAAUGUUGCUGCUGAUCCCAUCACGACAGCAACAAUAACAACUUAUCCAAACCCUAAUCAUCAUCAUCACCACCACCACCAUCCUCCUUAUCAGCAAAAUUGUUUGUACGAUGAAAUCAACUCAUUGGUGGGCUCAGUUGGACCGAGUUUGUCUCUCUCUUCUCAACCUGGGGUUGCACCGGCGCAGCCGGAUCAGGCUCUCUCCGUCGGCCUUGGAUCUCCGUCUCUGUGGCCGUUGAACGACGAGGAUGAGUAUCCACCUUCAUGUAUCUGGGACUAUGGAGAUCCCUUCUUUGAUUUCUGAGAGUUUCUGAAACCGAGCAUUUUUCUUUUGAAUAACAAGCGAACCUGUUCCACUGUUCCACUGGCUUGCAUGCAAGCUCUCAAGCUUUUCUGCUCUUUAUUGAUUAUCUUCAUAAUCUAGUAUUAGUCUUUUUCAUAGUAUGAAUGGAGGCAGUAUAGUACUAGAUUGUUGAAAUUUGAAGGAUGGAGGGGACAAGGCAACAAGGGACUGCACCAAUGAUUCAAGGCUCGUUCAUGCAUACUGCUUUUCUGAUUA